AUAAACUUCAAAUCUAACCGCGGAAGGAAGGUACAUAUAGUAGAACAAAGGUUUUAUCCAUAUCCAACGAGUAAUCCCUAUUGGUUACCCCUUCAAAAAAUCCACAACCAUUAUUACAUCUACCGGUAUCUAUAAAUAGCAACUUAUAUACAACUCCAAUUUCACCCAAAUUACUGUACUUCACUCCCAUCACAAAAAUCUCAACUUUCACGUCAAGAACCACAAACCCCACUUCAAAUCUUGAAAUUUUCUUAUCUGGGUCGUUCUUGAUUUUGUAAUUGAACUCGAAAUGAGGAAGAGAGAAAGGGAAAACCCAUGUGGGAUUUGUGGGCAUUAUCACAAAUAUGAAGAAGGUGAAGUGUGUGGGAUCUGUGGACAUAGAAUGCCUGAUGUAUCUGAUAAGGGUAGUACUAUACAAGUCAGUGCUUUCCCUUCUGAGAUCUUGCCAGAGUUUCUUUAUUUGGGGAGUUAUGAUAAUGCUUCUCGUGCUGAACUUCUCAAGACUCUUGGGAUUUCAAGGAUUCUCAAUACAGUACCUGCUUGUCAGAAUCUUUAUAAAAAUUCCUUUACUUAUCACUGCCUUCAAGAUGACAGAAAUUUGGCAUUUGAUGAUGCUAUCCAAUUUUUAGAACAAUGUGAAAAAGAUAGGGCUCGUGUUCUUGUGCACUGCAUGUUAGGUAAAAACAGGUCGGCAGCAAUUGUAAUUGCUUAUUUGAUGAAAAGCAAAGGAUGGAACCUUGCACAGAGUCUUCAGUGGGCCAAAGAGCGAAGACCUUCUGUUGACCUAAAUCAAGAGGUCUACCAGCAGCUACAGGAGUACGAGAAGAAGAUCUUUGCGUCACUUCAGAACCAGCCCAGCCCCGUCAUGCCAGCCUUCCCUUCUCCUGUGCCGUCCUUCAACUUUGGCUUCCCAAAGCCCAGCGAUCCGAUCCCUGCUCCAGCCUUCAACAGUUCUACUGCUCGUCCACUUUUUUCCCGUCCUGCUUUUGAAGUUCCUCCUCACGGAUUCACUUUUGGAGCUGCUCAUAAUCAGCAUAACGAUGCCAAUCAAAAUCCAAAUGGUAGCGAUGUUGCCAUGGACGGUUCAUGAUACUACACUCCCCUUUAGCCUUGCGAAAAAUCCUCAACAUCAACAGAAGUAUUAAAGAAGAUUAUGCCAGUUGCUGAUAUCAAUCUACCAAGUUUUUCAGAUGGUCGGAUGUAAAGUGGGAGACAUUGCUUAUGAAACCACUAGUUGUAGAGUUCGACAUGCCCAGAUCUUACAGUGCCAUCAAAAUGGAUUCGUGAUUCAGGAAAUCCAAGUAACUAUCGCCUAAAUUGUAUGUGGAUACUCAAGACUUUCACUUGAUCUCUUACAAACUAGAUUUUGUGUAGCAACUGAUUGUUAUAUUACUGGAAAGGUGGGUGAGUUUUUGACAAUGGGUUUCUUUUACAUCCUAGUUGAGCAGUUGCAUCGUGUGUUUCUGUUUGUGUUCAACUAUAGUUAACACUCCUAAAACUUAUUCAGAACAUUGUGAAUGCUAAUGAUCAGUGAUGUUGACACUCUA